UGUGACACGUUUCCACGGAAACAGCAGCAGCGGUUCCCACGGCAACGAAAGAGAGCGCCGGUCUGAGAUAUCGGGGGAAAUGGCGACGCCGGACGCCGGGGCUCUGAGUGAGGAACAGCGGCAGCGACUGGCGGACUUUAAGAUCCGGGCGCGUGUCAGUAAUGAGACCUACCUGCGAGAGCGCCGGGAGAUUCAGCUGCUCCUAUCCGGCUUCAUACGGGAAGUUUUGCUGAGACGGCCAGAGAAUAUCCGGGAGUUUGCCGCAGCGCAUUUCACAAACCCGGCCGUGGCACAGAGCAUCCGAGAGAAGAUGGGAGCGCCAGCUGUACCCCGAGAGAGAGAGGGGCCCCAACACCGAGACACCCCCCUCACGUGACUCCUCUCAGGCCCCGGAGCCCAUUCACCCACCUUGUUAUGACUUCAAUAAACACAAUCCCUGGCACCCCCA